AAAAUCACACCAUUUUAAACAAUGAGGUUUAUGGAAUAACAAUGGGAGCCAAUAUCGCCAACCUCACCAACAAUAUUGAAAUAACCUUUACUCAUAAGGAUCUGGUUGGUGGUCCGUCCUGCACUUCUUGGAAUGGCAAAGGAAAUAUUGAGUGGACAACAUCUGGCUGUGAGACAGAAAUGAUCAACAGUAGCAGCAUAAAGUGUUCAUGUUCACAUCUGACGUUCUUCGCAGUGCUGAUGUCUCCGGUCACAGAUGCAAAUGCUGUAGCGCCGUAUCUGGAGUCACUGACCCUCAUCUCUUCUAUUGGCUGCGGGAUCUCUGUGUUUUUUCUGGCCAUCGCUCUGUUCAUCCAUUUUCUGCUGCGGAAAGCCAAAUCUAAUCAGGCCACGAAGAUCCUGAUCAACAUGUUCGGUGCUCUGUUUCUCCUGAAUGUGUCUUUUCUGUCAAACGAGAGCGUGGCAAACUCAGGAGACAAGAAUGCUUGUGUCUUCAUAGCUCUGCUGAUGCAUUACUCUAUGCUGACCACAUUCACCUGGUUCUUCAUUCAAGCUCUUCAUAUGUACUUAUGGCUCAUCCGACAGAACGUCUCUAUCGCAAACUACAUGAGGAAGAUCACCGUGUUGGGCUGGGGGUUUUCGUCUCCAGCUGUUAUUGCUGUUGUUUCUGUAGGAGGAUAUAACAAAGUGACCCUAACCGCAUCAUCUGGGAAAAUUGCACAAAUGUGCUGGAUUACAAACCCUUUCAUUCACUACAUCCUGAACACUGGAUACUACAUCUUCGUUUUCAUCUUCACAAUAGGAAUCUUCAUCACUAUCCUCACUAGGAUUAUCCAGUCCAGACACAUAAGAGCGACUGAGGGCAAGAGACAGACGUUCAGAAAGCAGCUGAUGAUGGUGUUGAGUUUGUUUCUUCUGUUCGGUCUGACGUGGGCUGUUGCCUUCUUCAGUUAUGGACCGAUGCUCAUUCCCUCAUAUUACAUCUUCUGUGCACUCAACUCUUUUCAGGGGUUUUUCCUCUUCUUGUAUUACUUUCACAUUCACAAGGAGGUUGCUGGUCAUUUUUCAGAUGACCCGAAAAGCUCCGGCUCCAUCUCAACUAUUGUUCCACCAAACAACACCAAUAAUAAUGCUGAGGAACAUGUUUACGACGAGGCUCGUUAAGACAGAAAAUACACCCUCUCUCAUUUUCUCAGUAACAGUAAUCAGAGUGCCAGAAUACAGUUCUGUGUAUUAGUGUUUAUAAAUACUGUAUGGUGAAGGGAUAUGACUUAAGUGAAUUAUUAGAUAUUUUAAACAUUAAAAUGUCAUUUAAUAUCAUCACUUGACAUUAUUUUACAAGGUGUAUAUUUUCUGAUAUAUGUGGGUUCAGGAUUACUUUAAUUAUAGUUAUGAAAUAUAUAGGCUAUUUUGACUGAUUUAUUCAGCUCACAUAUGGGUGAUACUAGAAUUGAAGGAAUCUCGAAGAUAAACAUUAAUUUUCAAUGACAAAAACUUUGAUUAAUCUAUUUUGAAUAAAAAUACAAAGUAUAUUAAGUAAUAUGAACGGACAUUUUGGGUUGGAAGUAUUAACUUAAAGACUCCACAAUACCUAUUUUUGGCUGUCUCCACCUCCUGAAUCAUACAUUCAGCUUUAAUUAUAAUCAAAUAAUUAAGUCUUAUUUUCAUCUUUUUUGUGUUUACUCUACUAAGUUAAAUAAACAACUGUAUAAAGCAUCUAUUUUUUGUAUUAUUUGUAAUUUCAGUUAUAAAAAACACAUUUGUGCUUCUCUACAUUCUGGUUAACUCUGUUACAUCGUUUAUAAAAAUGCAGAAUAAUCUGUAAAGCACUGAUAAAAAAAAAGCAUGUGACUUGCCCCAAGUGAUAUGUGGUGGGAAACUCUGGAAGGCAUUGAGGAAUGUUGUUAUUCUUAUCUCAUUAAUUUGUACAAAAAAAUAACAUACACUAUUAAUAGACUAAUUAUGUCAACACUGUUACUGUGAUAUGUCAGGUAAUUUCUCAUUACAUUUUUUAAAAACAGUAAUAUGAUGAAAAUACAUUAAAUUGUGUUUUAGACAAAUGAUAGCUUAAAUGUUGGAGAUUGUAAAUUUUGUUAUCGUCAACUCUCUUACCGUCAGCUCUGUUACUGUCAACUCUAUUAUCAUCAACUCUCUUAUCGUCAACUCUUUUAUCGUCAUCUCUAUUAUCAUUAACUUUUGUUACUGUAAACUCUGUUACCGUCAACUCUCUUAGUUAACUCUGUUAUAGUCAACUAUGUUAUCAUCAACUCUCUUAUUGUCAUU